AUCCCCACUUCAACGCAACAUUCGACCUCACCACAGCUUGGUUGAUGGGAAAUACAAUCAAAGUCCUCCCAGAUUCGUUGGUGCUACCAUACGAAAUGGAUGGGAUGGGUUCGCCAGCACCUAGCUUGACCGACGUUACAUUUUUGGCCCCACUCCGUAUUGGGCCUGCUCACUGGGCACAGGUUUGGCAAGCUGAAGUGGACAUUCCACGGACCUCUGCAACAAACACACACUCUUCCCGCGUGGUCGUAAAAUUGUACGACCCUGCGUGGUUCCCCGAAGGCGAUUCUGAUUCGAGCGCCAUGGCGGAAGACAUUGCUGGUCGGGAGGCGUGGGCAUACGCGACCGGUCGGGAGCUUCAAGGCACUCGCCUUCCUGAAUCCUAUGGCUUCUACUGGUUUAACCUGAAUGGCGGGCGCGUCGUCUGUGGGCAUGUGAUGGAGUUUCUGGAUGGUGAUCCUCCUGAACGGGACUGGAGAUCUGUCAAGGCAGGCACGUGGGAUGAGGGAGAGGACAGACGAAUGGAAGAGAUGGCUGACAUGAUGGAUGGUCUUAAUGAACUACACAACCAUCUUAUCUGCCAUGGCGACCUUUCACGGCGGAACGUUCUUAUGAGACGCGUGCCUGUGCCUGUACAAAAAGGGACGAAGGCAUGUCGAUUCUGUUUCUUGGAUUUUGGCAGAGCGAGGAAGAUUUCGCUCGUUCCGUGUUUUAGUACUCGAGAUAUUGCGAGAUAUGGAGAUGAUGCCUAUGGCGUGUUUUCAUGCCUUGGGGGAAUAGAAGAUUACCGUCGGCUAGUCCGGUGGAUCAUGGAUAAUCGCCAACAAUGUGAAUGGGGUCGUGUCUUUCAAGACGCCAGGCGGAUGAACACGCUAGUGCAAGGUGCUGUCGUAAUGGAGAAAACAUACCGCACCAGGGCGGGCGUAGAUUUUAUGUAG